AUGUCCCUAUCAACACUAACACCACCAAUAUCCAUAUCCCCAUCCACCCUCUCCUUCCUGACCCAGCACCUGCAACUCCACCUGCAAACCCAGCCCUCCUCACCAGCCGACUACAUCGCCCUCACGUUCCUCUCCCUCCUCGGCGCAACCUACCUCUCCCGCGGAAUCCUCUGGGACACACCGGAUCCCUACCGACAUCUCCUCUACGAGCGGCCGCAGCUGAAAUACGGCAACGGGGCCAAUGGCACUAAUAAUGGUUCUGGGGUAGCGGGGGAUAACGCGCAUCAGGCGACACGCAAUGUAGCCCGCAAGCUUGAGGAGACGGGUGCGUCGAUUGUUAUCUUUUGGGGGUCGCAGUCCGGGACGGCCGAGUCGUUGGCGCAUAGGCUUGGACGGGAGAUUACGGCGAGGUUUAAGGGGGAGGGACAAGUAUUGGGACACGGGCAGGGUGCGCUUAUUGCGGAUCUGAGUGAUUAUGACCCCGAGUCGGUGGCUGAGGUCUCGCGGUUACAGAGCAAGUUGGUAAUUUUUGUGCUUUCGACGUAUGGCGAGGGAGAUCCGGCCGAUAACACGAUUGAGUUCUGGGACUGGUUGAAUGCUGUUGAGAAAAAGGCGGCCAAGGAAAAUCAGAGUGAAGGGAAGAAGCUGUUUGAUGGACUGAGGUACUUUGCCUUUGGUCUCGGAAACUCCAACUACAAGUUCUACAACCGGGUUAUCGACCGUGUUGCUGAAGUCCUCGAUAACCAUGGUGCGAAUGCGCUCCUUCCCAUUUCUCGCGCAAACGAUGCGAAUGGAACGACGCAGGAAGACUUUAUCUCAUGGAAGGAGGAUCUCUUUACCUACUUCCGUGAGGAGCUAGGCUUCGCGCAGUCCGAGCCCGUUUACCAGCCUGCCAUCUUCAUCACGCAGGAUGCGAACAUUGAGGCUUCAAGUCUGCACCGUGGUGAACCGCGCCACUCUCCGAGUCCCACUGCCAUCCCCAUCACGGGAAUCAGACAGCUGUUUGAGCCGAGUUCCGACAGGCACUGUCUACAUAUCGACCUCGAUAUCUCGGGGACGCCGGAUGUCGUGUACAAGACUGGCGACCAUCUCGGCGUGUGGCCGUCAAACCCGGAUGAGGAGGUAGAUCUGCUGCUGCAGAUGCUGGGAAGGGCUCACGAGGGUGAUGUUCCGAUCUCCAUCUCUCCGGUCGAGGGAGCCGAUGUCGAGGACAUGUCCAAGAAGGUCCCCUCACCCACGACGCUUCUCGUCCUCCUCCGGCACUACCUUGAGAUCACGGCGCUCAUCCCGCGCGACGUCCUCGCAACACUUGCACCCUUCGCACCGACACCAGAGGCAAAGACUCUCUUGACAACUCUCGCAAACAGCAAGGACUCCUAUGCCGAGUUCACGCGCCGGAACCACCUCACCCUAGCCCGGAUCCUCGCUGCCGCCUCGGGAGGCCAGCCCUGGAGGAACCUUCCACUCUCAUAUAUCGUCGAGACUCUGCCGCCGCUCCAGCCGCGGUACUACUCCAUCUCGAGCAGUAGCGUUGUCUCGCCGCGGAAGAUCUCACUUACUGUCCUCGUCCACAAGACAGCAUUACCGGAGAAUGCCACAGUCUCGAUUCCGGGGUUGACGUCGACGUACCUCCUCUCCCUUUCUGAUCUCCCUUCCCCCUCCUCAUCAUCAGAAGGCAAAGCAAUCCUGCAAUCAACUUACACAAAUACCCUCCUCCUCCCAAUCGCGCCGUCCCCAUCCACACCGCAGCCCCAAAAACGAAUUUUCUCCCACCUCCGCCGCUCAACCUUCAAGCUCCCCCGAACAGCAACAACACCAUUGAUCCUCAUAGCAGCCGGAACAGGUCUCGCGCCCCUCCGCGCCUUCCUCCACGAACGCCGCCAACUCCUCAAGAUCGGCCGCGACGUCGGUGACAUGCUCCUCUUCUUCGGGUGUCGACGGCCCGAUGAGGAUUUUAUCUACCGCGAUGAACUGGCCGAGAUGGAGAAUGCUUUUGGGAAGCAGCUCAAGAUCGUUACUGCGUUUUCACGGCUUGAUACUGACGGAGGGGGGAAGAGGGGGUAUGUGCAGGAGCGCGUUGUGGAGUUUAAAGAGGAGGUAAGGGAGUUGCUUGUGGAGCGGACAGGGAAUUUGUAUAUUUGUGGACGGGCGGGGAUGGCGAGGGAGGUCGAGAAGAGGGUCACGGGGUUUCUUGCUGAGGGGGAGAACGGAAAUGGGAUGGGUAGUGUGAAGGCAGCGGAGGAGUGGGUUAGGGGGGUAAAGAGGAGGGGCAAGUGGCAGGAGGAUGUUUGGGGGUGA